UCUACCAACGGCAGACAAGUGGAGGAGACGGCGAUGUGCACCAUCAAGUGGCCCGGAGUGUUGCUGCCUGGCACAGCCCUAGGUGACAUGGCCCCGAAAAACUGCUGCUGCGAGUAUCGGGACGGCCGCACAGGUUUGACGUGGCAAUGCCACCGCCCAAAAACUCUGCCCUGCGAUGCCCUGAUAUACCAGAGAACGGGUGACUACACCGACCAUUUCACGCCGUUCGAGAAGAAGCUCAUGCAAGGAACUCAGUCCCGGUGGCUGAACGGAGACAAACGCCAGAUCAAGAUCAUUUCUACAAAUGCAGUUGUUGGGAGAGGGAGGAACGUGUGCCGGGCGGGCUUGCCCACGCCAGUGCCUGCAGGGUUCUUCUAUAACGAUGUCUGGACUUCAUUUGUGUGCGCCACUGGUCAUUUUCAAGGGGCGGACUCGGCAGCGUGUCUGAGGAACAGGCACAUCCACAUCAUCGGGGACUCCACCCUCCUCCAGUGGUUUCACUACCUCAACCAGACCAUACCCACUCUGAAACGUCUGGAGCUCCACUCUCUGAUGAACGUGGGUCCUCACCUGGCGGUCGACGUGGAGAACAACAUUGAUGUCCACCACCGUGCACACGGCAUUCCCUACCAACACAAAAUCUUUAAAAUGAAAAUGACAUCGCUUCAGUAUAUUGAAAACCUCAUUGACGAAAUGGACGGCGGGCCGCGGACUGUGCUCGUCUUCACCAUGUCCGCCCACUUCGCCGGCUUGCCGCUGUCCUACUUCGUCCACCGCGUGACUCUUGUGCGGCGCGCAGUCGUGUCGCUGUUGAGACGAGCGCCGCAGACGAAGGUCAUCAUCAAGUCUCCCAACACGUCAACUUUGACCAUGCACCGCAGCCUCUGGUUCUACUACAUGCACUAUCGAUUCCUGCGGGAAACAUUCCGUGACAUGGGCGUGUACUUCCUGGACGUGUGGCAGAUGACUUCCUGUCACUACCUGACGUACGACAUGCAUCCAAAAGAGGUCAUCAUCAGGAACGAAGUGGACCUGCUCCUCUCCUUCAUCUGCCCUAAGUAA